CGGCCCCUCGGCCGAACUCUUGACCACGCCCCUCCUGCGCGCGGGUCGGCCCCGCCUCCCGUGCUCCGCCCAGGGCUUUGAGAGACAGAGUUCGUUUUGCCUCUCGAUGCUCCGCGGAAGAGCCAUGGCUACUUUCCGCCUGGCCCUCAUCCAGCUUCACGUCUCUUCCAUUAAAGCUGAUAACAUUACCCGGGCCUGCAGCCUAGUCCGUGAGGCAGCAAAGCAAGGUGCUAAAGUAGUUUCUCUGCCGGAAUGCUUUAAUUCUCCAUAUGGAACAAACUACUUUCCUGAAUAUGCAGAGAAGAUUCCUGGAGAGUCCACACAGAAGCUUUCUGAAAUAGCAAAGGAGAAUAGCAUCUAUCUCAUUGGAGGCUCUAUCCCUGAAGAGGAUGAUGGGAAAUUGUAUAACACCUGUGCUGUGUUUGGGCCUGAUGGAAACUUACUAGUAAAGCAUAGAAAGAUCCAUCUGUUUGACAUUGAUGUUCCUGGGAAAAUUACAUUUCAAGAGUCUAAAACCUUGAGUCCUGGCGAUAGUUUCUCCACAUUUGAUACUCCUUACUGCAGAGUGGGCCUGGGCAUCUGCUAUGACAUGCGCUUUGCAGAGCUUGCACAAAUCUACGCACAAAGAGGCUGCCAGCUCUUGGUGUAUCCCGGAGCUUUCAAUCUGACCACUGGACCAGCCCACUGGGAGUUGCUUCAGCGAGCCCGGGCUGUGGAUAAUCAGGUGUACGUGGCUACAGCCUCUCCUGCCCGGGAUGACAAAGCCUCAUAUGUGGCCUGGGGUCACAGCACUGUUGUGGAUCCUUGGGGUCAGGUCCUAACCAAAGCCGGCACUGAAGAAACAAUCCUGUACUCAGACAUAGACUUGAAGAAGCUGGCUGAAGUUCGGCAGCAAAUCCCCAUUUUAAAACAGAAGCGAGCAGACCUCUAUGCAGUGGAGAUGAAGAAGCCCUGAAGAUGAUCACCUCUACUAAAUCCUUUUCUGGGACAGUGCUUACAGGCCCUUACACGUUAAUUUCACCACUGAUCUGUCACUAGCCCCCUACUGAAUUACCACUUUUUUUUCUUUCAAUGUGCUUAGUAAUAAAUAGUACUCAAAGACCUUAGUCUGCUGGUUUUUGGGCACUUCAGUCUCACGAUUCUUUUGUACAAUUAAAAACUGAAGCCUCUAA